UCUUAAAAACAAUAGCACUUUAUUAAAACAUUGUAACAAAUAUUUGAAGACGACAGUGGUAUCAUUACAUUCUGACAAGAUCAGCAAACAUCCAAACAUGUGAAUGCUGUACACAAAGGAGUCAAAGUUAAAUACAUAUUUUUUUUAAUGAUUCCAAGGUUUUUGCUCUGUACCCUGCCCCCCGCCAUCCCUGGGCAUAAUCCCCGUAUUUCACAAUUUAGAAGUUGACGCACUGUGUCAUGUGGAUUAAUGAUCCAGUUUCUCUCUUUGGAGGCACGGGUCUGACUCCAGCCCAUUGUGGUGGGUUAAGGAUCCAGCGCUGCUACAGCUAUGAUGUAGGUCACAGCUCCAGGAUGGAUUCCAUCUCCGGCCCAGGAACUUCCGUAUGCCCUGGGCACGGGCCAAAAAGAAAAAAAAAAAAUUGACCCAGAAGUGAGUUUCAGUUGGGGCAGACAAUCAUGAGAGGUUCGGGUCAGAAACCACAGACACCAUCUGAUGUGUCAGGGGGACUGGGUCCUUCCCUUACACCCAAUGGUCAGAGGUGGAGGGAGACGCUGAACCCUCUCGUAAGAAAGUCAGUGAGGAAGGCCCAUGGUGAUUGGUGCCCGCUCUCACUCACCACAUCCUCUGCAUCUCCCCAGCCUGCGGGCCUCAGUCUUCGCCCAGCUGCUCCACACCAGCCCGGCAGACUCUGAGCUAUGCCAUUGGCACCUGCAGCCCUUCUCUUCCUCGGUGGGCUGUGUCUGAGCCAGAGCACCCGCACCCAGCAGCAGACCCUCUCCAAACCUGUCAUCUGGGCCAAACCCAGUUUCAUGAUUCCCAAGGGACACCCAGCGGUCAUCUGGUGUCAGGGACCCCACCAGGCUGUUGAGUACCAGCUGCUCUUCGAGGGGGGCCUUUCUGCCUUAGGCAGACCGAAGUCACCUGGAAGCGUGAACCGGGCCAAGUUCUCCGUCCAGGCCAUGAACUCCAACACUGCAGGGCAGUACCAGUGCCUCUACCGAAGCGGGGAGCGCUGGUCCCAGCCCAGCGACCCUCUGGAUCUGGUGGUCACAGGGCUGUACGACACACCCGCCCUCUCUGUUCAACCCAGACCCGAGGUGACCUCAGGAGAGAACGUGACCUUCUCCUGUCGUCUAGAGACAGCAACGAGCAUGUUCUUCCUGCUCAAGGAGGGGAGGUCCAGCCGCCCGCAGCACGGAUACGGGACGAUGCAGGCGGAGUUCCCCAUGGGCCCGGUGACCAGGGCUCAUGGAGGGACAUACAGAUGUUUUGGCUCCUACAACAAGCACGCAUGGUCUUUCCCCAGUGAGCCUGUGAAGCUCCUGGUCAAAGGAGAUGGUGGGGACACCACCUUUGCACCCACAGAGCACACCUCUUCUCCUGACGGCUGGGACCCCUACGUGUUAACCGUAGACACCCCGAUCCAGAAAGAGCCUGACCUCUGGGAUCACACUGGCCAGAAUCUCCUUCGCAUGGGCAUCGCUUUCCUGGUCCUGGUGGCCCUCGUGGGGCUCCUGAUUGAAGACUGCCUCCACAGGAAGAGACGGCAAGACAGAACCCACGGGGCUUCAAGUAGGGGAUGCAGGAGAAGGCCCAGAGCACAGAGCCCCCUGGAGAAAUGACCAAGAUAUGCGGGGGGGCCACAGGGAGUGCGGAUGCUGGUCCCCACCUUGGGCUGUGGGGAGCUCUGGGUUGUACCCAUGGAGGACGGGGUCACGGCAGCAAAGCGAAAGGGAACUGUGUGGACUCUGGCAGGAUGGGGGAUGAUGACGCUAGACUUUUUUCUGCAGACAAAUCCCACUGUCCCUUCCCAGCUCUAAGUAUGGUUAGGACUGCUUCCUGCCCACCGCAAUCUCCACUGCGCCCAUCGUUCCGAGAACGUCUUCUUGAACAGCAUGGCCGUGGGAUGUCUGCCUUCCUGGAUCUGUCUUUAUCCCUCUCUCUGCCUCUGCCAUUCCACAUACGUAAUAACCAGUCCAGAAACUGGCAUUUAUCAAAAGGCACAGGAGGCAGAGAGGCAAAAACCAGCCAAUGGAAAUGCAGACUAUAAAUGAACAGCAUGGCGACGGAAACGUGUCCGGCUGGAUGGCAACCGUGCCCCGAUUCCCUCUGUCCUUGGCCUUUGUAGGAUUCCAUCUUCUUCACCUCUUUAUCCACACUUUGCCUUAUUCUUUGGGUCUCUCAGAAGAAACAUCCUCCAAGAAAACUUCCCACAUCCUCCCGCCUGACUUAAGAUACCACAUCUAUACUCCAUGAGCACCUGCAGUUUCUCCACAGCAGCACCUGAACCCCAAUACUGCCCCCCGGCCCACUGUCCUGUAUCUAAUGUGACCUCAUGUGAAUUAAAUGUAUGUCAGAUUUAA